GGAAAAAGCGCCAACUUGUGCUGAACCGUCCUAAUUGUCAAUACUCUGUAAAUGGCUCUAAAACUGGAUAUUCCGUGAAAUAUAUUCAACUUCAAUCUGGGAUGUCUCAUUCAGUGAGUGGCGUUGUUGCAUCUCUGUAGAAGAAAAAAAAAAUCACCCUCAAGCUGCCAGGAUAUAAAGAUGCCGGGUCUGCAGGGUGAAAAUGUUGUGGCGGCGCUGGGGAGCCCCAUCAAGAAGAGUAAACUGUCUCUGAAGUUCUUCCAGAAGAAGGAAACUAAACGGGCUCUCGAUUUCUCUGAACCCCAAGCAGAUGAACCCAAAACAGCUGAACCAGUGGAGCCUGAGGCAAGCAUCUGUGAUCAGGUGGUCCCUGGUCCUUCUCCAUGUCCAGCCUCACCUGGUCUCCUCCUGCCAUGUGAGAAAAGAGAGAACCUGGUGCCGUUUGUGGGACUCAACAACCUGGGCAACACCUGCUAUUUGAACAGUAUCUUACAGGUUUUGUACCACUGUCCAGGACUCAGAGCAGGCAUAAAGAAACUGUAUAACCUGUCUAAAAGAAAAGACGAACCAAAGGAAGAAACUGAUAACAGUGAAGAGCCACACUCCCAGCAGUCAGAAGGUUUAACUGAGUCAGUGCCAGCUCAUAUUGAACUCCUCGGAAGCUUCAACAGUCUGAUAACAUCAGUGGAGCAGCUGCAGUCCAGCUUCCUGCUCAACCCCGACAGCUUCAGUGAAGGAGAGCUCGCCACACCACCUCGUAAAAUACUACACACACUCAGGCAACUGAACCCUAUGUAUGAAGGCUAUCUUCAGCAUGAUGCCCAGGAGGUGCUGCAGUGCAUCCUGGGAUAUAUCCAGGAGGCUUGUGACACCAUCAGGAAGGAGCAAGAGCUGGGGAGGGAGAAUGAUGAUGCGACAGAAGUCAAAAUGGAGAAUGGUGACCAUUUAGGUUCCUGCAACACUUUAACAGAACCCAAAACUCCCACAGACGAGGACGGCCAAGUCAGCGGCAAGAGAAAGAGUGACACUGAGGUGGGAAAUGCCAAGAAGAAGCCAAAAUCUGUCAAGUCUAAGAAAGCUGAUGCAGAGGAAGACAGCAUUAGCAGAAAUAAACCCCUCACACGCUCCAAAAGGAAGUCCUCCAGUGACAUCACGAUGGACAGUGCCCAAGAUAAAGAUGGAGAAGAGGAGGCCAAGCAGGAGGGGAUGAAGAAGCUAAAUGGGGAGGAGGAAGUAGUGAGCGAUGGUGAGGGGAAAGGUGAAAAGACAACUAAAGAGGCAGAUGGGAAGAAGAAGAAAAGAGCUAAGCUGGGCUGGUUGAGGCCUUCUGGGAAACAGCCGAGUAUUUUCUCCAAGUUCCGCAGUGUGGGGAAGAUCAGCUCCACGACUGUGAAGAACCAGAACAAGCCAGAGCAGGAGAACGGACAGAGUGACGGACAGAGUCAGAAUGAGAAGAGCAGUGAUGAGGGAUCACCACAAACCAUGGCAGAAGACAAGACGGCAGUGAAACAUCAAGAGGGCCUGGAUCUGAUGGAGCGCUUGUUCCAGGGCCGACUGGUUCUGAGGACUCGGUGUCUGGAGUGUGAAAGCUUCACGGAGAGGAGAGAGGACUUUCAGGACAUCAGUGUCCCAGUGCUCGAUGACCAACCCAGCAGCCCAGACAACCUCUCAGAGGUCUCUCCAGACCCAAAACCAGAGCUGAAGACUCUGAAAUGGGCCAUUGCCCAGUUUGCUUCAGUGGAGCGCAUCGUUGGCGAGGACAAAUACUUCUGUGAGACCUGCUGUCAUUAUGCAGAGGCUGAGAGGAGUCUGCUGUUUGACAAAACUCCUGAAGUGAUCACCAUUCAUCUGAAGCGCUUCUCUGCCAACAGUUUAGAACUGGACCCGUAUGCAGGCCUCUCCAAAGUGAACACUCCUUUGCAGACUCCUUUGACCUUGUCUCUGGAGGAGUGGUGCACCCGUCCCUCGUCCACUAAAGGUCAACACUAUCAGCUGUUUGCUGUGGUCAUGCACAGCGGUAUCACGAUCAGCAGCGGCCACUACACCGCCUACAUCCGCAUGUCUGAUCUGAAAGAUGUGAAGCUGUGGCUGCACGACAGAAAAGAAACAGAAAAGGAGGAAGAAGAGGAGAAGGAACGCAAAGAGGGAGCACAGGUGAAAGAUGAAGUGCUGGACUAUGAUGAUGGAGAAGUGUCAUUCAGCUUGAAUGCAAGGGGACAGAGAGGUGCAAGUUUGGCCAACGGCAAAACGGGGGGAAAAAAGCUGUCUGAGGGUGGAGUUGGACUCUUGGGGGGCCAGAGGAGUUUGUCCAGUUAUGACCUUGGGAACAGCAGCAGCAAACACACAGAUAAAGGAGCCAGCAGUGGAACAAGGGAGGGAACUAAACGGAGAAAAACUAUCAACAGUCUGGGCCGCAAUACUGAAGCAGGACUUAAAAAGGAGCCUGAGACAGGAGAGGAGGCUUCUGGGACUUCCUGUGGCGGGUUGGGGACCACAGAGCAGCAGGCUUUGAACAGCCUCCUGGAGUAUGAAGGCAAAUGGCUGCUGUUUGAUGACUCUGAGGUGCGAUUAUUUGAGGAGGAGGAUUUCCUGCGAGCCUGCUCUCCUGAGACGUGCUCCUCAUCGACACCUUACCUGCUGUUCUACAGAAAGAUGCCUGAACCUGGAUGCUAACACGAACACAAGGACUGCUGUUAACUCAGGGGGCUGUGCCAGUCGGACAUUUUGGCAGCUGAGCGCUUAGAAAGAAAGACUGUUGUAUUUUGCAAUACUACAAACAGUGCCAAAAAUACUCUGGCUUCCACAUUAGACCCUGAACUGGAGCUACUUUUCAGCCUAGAAUCCAUCUGAGGCCAAGGCUGUUUACACAUUCUCUUAGACUGCAGUUUGGGUUCAGAGUUGUUUCAUAGAAACAACCUAAUGGGGAUAUUAUUUUCUAUGUGCCAGGGAGGACAAAGCCUUUUUUGGGAUAAUUUUUUUUUUUUUUUUUGGUACAGGGUCUUUUCACUGUCUGUACUAUUAUUUCUUUGACGCUGGCUUUGAUAUUGUCAUUGUCUAUACCAUGUCCUUUUUUUUUGUUUGUUUUCUCAGUCACUGAGUUUGUGUGGUUCCUUUUUACAAAAUGGAAAAGCACUUUUAAACUAAAAUCCCACAGUCAUACAAAAUGUUGGGAAAUAUUUUUUUUUCUAGCUAAAGAUUUUUUAUAUGUUCUGUCCAGUUGGAUUUACAGGAGAUUAUGUCAGUGCUGUGUUUUCAAACCGAUCACACAACUUUUGAAAGCCAAAUAAAACACAAAAUCCUUUCCAUUCACGUUCUGAAGCAGAACAUGCUGCAGAAAUUUUUCCUUGCAAAGUUUCUCAUACCAGCCUUUUUGAAAGUUUUCCUCUACACUAAUUCCUUGUUCUCAAGUUUUCACAUAAAAGUUUUUGUAUAACUCAAGCCUGACUUUGGUGCUGUCUGUGCUUAUGAAUUCUGCAGAGUUGAAGUGAUUUAUUGAGCUACAGUUAAGAGAUAUUUGCAUAAAACACACCAAAAUGUUAAGUAUCUAAUAUAUACAAAGCUUUUACAUAUUUUAUUGAUACUGCUAAUAUUCAAGUAGUUUAUUCAGGGUGCAGAGUUUCUCACUUGGCUUUUUCAAGGUGCCAAUUCAGUGUGAAUAAAAUUAAAGCUUUCAGGUUUUUAUAAGAUUUGUUUGACAAGGUUAUGAAAGACUGUCUCUUAUCUAAUUUAGUGUGUAACAUUUUGUAUAUUUUAACGUACAAAUCAGGUGUGAAAUCUGGAUGUUAUUUAAAGGGUUAGCUUCUUAAAUUUAUUCUGUUACUUAAGUUGUAUUUUAGUUUUACGUCUUGAGGAGAAAGAAGAGUCAGAGACAGGAGGGUUUAAAGUAGGGCUGCAACUAGUAAGUAUUUUCUUAAUCAGUCAUUUGGUUUAUAAAAUGUCCCAUUGCAAUUUCCUAAAGCUCUGGCUGACAUCUUCAGGUGGCUUGUUUUGUUUCACCAACAGUCAAAAAAUCCAAAGAUAUUCAGCUUAUUAUCAUAGAAAGUGAUAGUUUUCAUUUAAAUCUGACUCAAAACAACUAAUCAAUUAUCAAAUUGCUGCCAAUUACUGAGUAUCUGAGAAAAUGGACUAACCGUUGCAGCUCUAGUUUAAAACAUACGGAGCAAACCCCUGCCCAGCAAGACUCUGACUUCCUGUUUUUAUGUUUUUUUGGAUUCUUUUUUUUUUUUUUCAAGAAAUGUCUGUUAGAAAGCUUCAGACAAAACAAACAAGCACAAGGCAUCUGAGCAGUUCUCAAACAACUGCACAUGGACAAAUUUAUAAAUCCAAAUCAAGUUUGAAAGAAACUAAAUCCAGAAUCUCAAGUGAAACCAAUCUUUUUAAGACAGGUAUAGAUUCUGUAGCUUUCUGUCUUCACUGCUGCAUACUUGCAGCUGUGGGCAGUUUGUAAUAAUUGUGCUAAUUGUGGCUGAGAGCAUCACAAGCUAGUCAAAUAAAUAAUGUCCUUUUGUCUUUUUGAGACACGAUGGCCACAAAAAUGGGCUUUGAAUCUACCAUCUACUAAAUCUAUGAAAACAAGCUGGAGAAAAUUAUGCAAGAUUUCAACAUGAAAUUCACAAAAUCCAGAAUUUGAUGUGCGCUUACGAAUCUAUGUGGAGGCUCAAAUAAUGACAUCAGAGUUGAUCACAACUUGGAUCUGUUUUGUGCUGAAUCAAUGGUUUGUUGUUAAUAAUAUUCCAUUGCUCUGUGUGAAAAAUAAGUUCAGAGGGUAUCAUGUCUGUAUCGUUUGAAAUGUUCUGUAAAGGUGACAUCGUUCAUCUCAGGUUCAGCAAAGUGUCUAGAAGUCCAAUCAUUGUUUCAGGGAUUGACUCUAAAUUUUGACUCUAGUUCUAAUUUAGCUGUGUUCUUAAGUAAUACAUUGUGAGCAAUAUUCAGAUAUUUCACUAUAAAUCACAUCACUGGGGAAAGGUUUUUGAGGCUAGUUUUGAUAUUUAACAAAAAUGCUUACAGACUCGGAUUAAUAUGACAUGAAACCAGCCCUGCUAAGUCCUUUAAACUAUUCCUCAUUCCAGCUGUAAUUAUAUUAAUGUUGGCAGAUCUGUAUUAUGAGCAAUAAAGUUUUUUACCUUCUGGUGA